AUGGACGGCGAGGGCAACGCCGAGCCGGAGUACUACUUCGACGUGGCGGAGCAGCAGUGGUGGGUGCUACAGCCGGGCGGUGCCGAUUGGGAGGAGCUGGAUAAUGAGACGGCAGAAUCACUGGGUCUGCACGAGGCCGUAAUGCAGCAGCAGUGUACCUUUGUGGAGUCGACACUCGAAGACUACACGGCGGCGGCGACAUGCAUCGGAGAGGCGCAAGGCACCGACGAGCCAGCGGUUGACCACACGCAGUCACUGCUACUCGACCCGGUAUCGAUGCCAUCAAUUCAGUUCGGGGUCGAUUCGCGCGCUGACUCUCUCCACAAAGCCGACUCCUCGGAGUGGCUGUCGUCCUGUCUGGAUGACGAGAAACCGGAGCGCCAUGAGAACCUGCAGGUCCGUUUCAGCCAGCACACUCAGGCAUUGAGCCGCGGUUACACAACGGGAUCGAUGGGUGAGGCGGGCUCGGGGAGCGAUUGCGACAACCGCGUGAGCCACGGCACAGCGAGCAGCGCCCUCCUCAACGAUCGGCUGAGCUCGCUGCUGACGAGCACUGCCAACAUGUCGCUGCAUCCACGACCUGAGUCGGGCGGGGUGCCUGCCAGGGGAGAGUCGUAUGUGCGAAGCGCCGUUCGCCGUGCAACGCGGGUGGACGCCGGCCUCAGUGAUUGCAUCCGCGCGGUGGCUGCUGAGCGGGAACGCAUGCGAACUUUGACGUCCACCCAGGUGACAGAGGCGACGCCUGGUGAGCGUUACCAGAAGAUGAUCGACCGGGCGCGUACCCUGGCCAUGUUUUCGCAGGAACAGGAGCCGGAGCAGGAACAGCCGCAGGAAAAGGCGCCAGAUGAACACAGAGAGUCCAUGUUGCGCGAGCUCCGCCUGGAAGUCACUGGCGGGGAGCCCACAGCGGACCCCGCAUUCGGCGCGUCUUCCGACUCUGAAAGCGAGCCCAAAUUGGCACCAUAUGACUCGCUGCAAAGUCUCAUGUCGCAAAGGCUUUCACUGCGUCGUACCAUGAGUCGCCCCUACGAGGAAGGUGUGGUUCUGGAGCGUAUGUUCCAGCUGCUGAAGCGCAAUCGCUGUGCGACCUGCUUGGUUCGGAAACCGACCCAUGUCGACCCGGAUCGCGACGAGCUCCUCUGCGCCAGCUGCGUUAGGCGCUGCCCGUACGCAGCUAAAGUAGGCGAUGAUCACAUACCGAUGGCUGUCGUUGAGCGGCUGGAGGCGGCUUACUCGCGCUCCUCACGCGGCAAAAACGACACUGAGUCGAAGUCGGAAAAGAAGAAGCACAGUUCGCAUCGCCGGAAGCGUUCGCCGUCUCCAAGACGCACAUACGCAUCUCCCUCCGUUUCCGUCGAGCGGCCCAAGUAUUCUCACCACAGGAAGCAGUGGAACUCAUCAGCCAGCGUUUCUACUGAAGGUAGCGUGUAUGACCGAACGCCGACACGCUCUAAGCACCGCUCCUCGCACCGAGGCCGACAUGCCUCGGUCUCGUCGGGCUCGGUGACCCCCCGCGGGGUUUCUUCAGCGAGGCGUGUCGAAGACGACUUGUUUGUCGGUGCUCCCAGCGGUUGGGACGACUUCGACAGUCGUCCUGCGCGGAUGCCCGGUCGCAAGAGCUACGACCACCCUCCUGCCGAGCCCCGCCGCAUCGAAGAAGCCCGGCAUGCAUCAUCUCGGCAUCACAACCCCGCAGCGCGUGCGCCAGACAUGCGUGCGCCGCGCCCACAGGUGGACCCGUAUGGCUACGAGCUGCCUGUGACGGACGACAUGCCGGGGAUGAUGGGCAUUAUGGCGAAUCGGUCAACCGCGCGUGACGUGGGCCGGAUGAUGCGCCCCGCGGAUGAUCACUUCAACAGGCCGCGUGAAAUCGUGGACCGACCCGAGUACUACGGCGAGGCUUACGAUGCGCGAUACAUGCCGCAUCGUACGUCGCGGCCCGAGUACGACGGCGGUGAAGGCGAUCGCAAACCACCGAUGGAUUACGGCAUGCACGCCAACCCCUACGCUCCCAGGAACAAGGCUUAUAACGGGGCGAACUACGACUACAACCCGCCGAGGAACGACUACGCCGCGCCCCCGCCCAGGCCCGUUGGCAGUAACCCUUUCGCACAGGGCGCCAACGGCGGAGCUGAUCGCUUCGAUAUGUCGAGCCUUCGUUUGGCGCUUGCGCCGUCAGCGCCCAACCCUGCACGCGAACCGCGCGCGACUAACGGCCGUUUCGAUGCUGUACCACCGCAACCCUCUGGUGUUGCUGUCUACGGCGGCCUGUACGGCCGACGCACUCGCCGGUAG